AUGGCGGACCAGAAAAAGCGGCGUCGAGUGGGUGAAAAGGAGCCGGAAACGCUGCCGUUCAAGUCUAAACUGAAGCCGGAUUCCGCCAUUCUCCAAAUCGUGAAAAAACUAGCCGAGCAAGAGGCGGCGGCGUCCACAUCCACGGCCAAACCCUUGACCCUUGCAGACCUCAAACUCGCCCAAGCUUGCCGGGAGGUCAGCGACCUGCCGCUUUCCUCCGUCCAAUCGAGAAUUGAAGAACUUGUUCUCAGCAUCACCCACUCAAUCAUGUCGGAGAAUGGGUUUUCCUUGACCGUCCCAUCUCGCUCCGCCGCCAAUCAACUCUAUGUCCCGGAGCUCGACCGCAUCGUGCUGAAGGAUAAGACAUCAAUCCGCCCUUAUGCCAAUGUUUCCACCGUCCGGAAAACCGCCAUCACCACCCGCAUUAUGCAGCUCAUCUACCAACUGUGUCUGAAGAACAUCCAUGUCACCAAGCGUGACCUAUUUUAUACGGAUGUAAAGCUAUUUCAGGACCAGACCCAAUCAGACGCUGUCUUGGAUGAUGUUUCUUGUAUCUUGGGCUGUACUAGAUCCAGCCUCAAUGUAGUUGCUGCUGAGAAGGGAGUGGUUGUUGGGCGCCUGAUGUUCAGUGAUAAUGGGGAUAUGAUUGAUUGCACAAAGAUGGGGAUGGGUGGGAAAGCAAUCCCUCCCAAUAUAGACAGGGUUGGAGAUAUGUCCAGUGAUGCAUUGUUCAUCUUGUUGGUGGAGAAGGAUGCUGCAUAUAUGCGAUUGGCGGAAGAUCGGUUUUACAAUCGAUUUCCUUGCAUCAUUGUUACUGCCAAAGGCCAACCAGAUGUGGCGACAAGGCUGUUUUUGAGGAAGAUGAAGAUGGAAUUAAAGUUGCCGGUUUUAGCUCUAGUGGAUAGUGAUCCAUAUGGAUUGAAAAUUUUAUCUGUGUAUGGGUGUGGAUCGAAAAACAUGUCAUAUGACAGUUCAAAUUUGACCACACCUGAUAUCAAGUGGUUGGGCAUUAGGCCUAGUGACUUAGACAAGUAUAAGAUACCAGAGCAAUGCAGGUUGCCGAUGACCGAGCAGGAUAUCAAGACUGGAAAGGAUUUGUUGGAGGAGGAUUUUGUGAAGAAGAAUCCUGGAUGGGUUGAGGAGUUGAAUUUGAUGGUCAAGAGUAAGCAGAAAGCUGAGAUUCAAGCUUUGAGCUCCUUUGGGUUUCAAUAUCUGUCUGAAGUUUAUUUGCCCCUGAAGCUGCAACAACAGGAUUGGCUCUAG